UAAAAAAAAAAAAAAAAAAAGAAAAGAAGAAAAGAGAUGAGAAAGAUCAUUCGACUUUAACUGUGAUAUGUUGAUUGGACCGUUGGUGAUUUUCAAAGAACGCAUAAAUAUAUAUAUCGUUUAUAGUUUUUAAUUAUUACGUGCACGUGAGUGUAUAAUUUCAGUGACGAACGAACGAACAAAGCGAGCGAGACUUAUUAAUUAAGUGAUACGUUGUUACAGUUUUGCCGUCCGUAUGUUUCUAAUAAUGUCCAUUUGCUAAGCUAAACGACUAUCGUCUAAUCGUCUAUAUCUAUCUCUAUCUUUCUCUAUCUAUCUAUUUAUCUCUGUAUUUCUUUCUCUUUAUUUCUAUCUAUCUAUCUAUCUUACUAUCUUUCUAUCUAUCUAUCUGUCUGUCUGUCUGUCUGUCUGUCUGUCUAUCUAUCUAUCUAUCUAUUUGUCUAUCUCUAUCUGUGUCUCGAGAGGUUCGACUAAUGCAAGACUCGUACUACUGCCUUCUCUUGGUCAAUCACGUUACGUAUUUUCUUCAUCCGAUCUAACGGCACCGUAGUCUGUAUUAUCCAGCAACGUCACCCACGCUUUUCUCCGAGGGAAAAAAGGGAUCGAUAUUAACGAGGAAAGUUUGAAGGUGCCCAUUACUGGUCGUCGUCGUCGUCGUCGUCGUUGUCACUGUCGUCGUCGUCGUCGUCGGCGUCGAAUAUCGUUCAUUUUGGAUCUCGAGAAAUCGUCGACUCGCAUAAUGGUCGUCUGUUUAUGACAAAUCUGGCGUUGCUUUUAAGUCCGGUAUUGUGUCCGGAUUCACGGACGGCCUUGCCAGGGUGCACUUUGAAGGAGAAGAGAGGAGGUGGGAGAGGUAAAGAGGAAGAAGGAAGAAGGGGUGGGCUCGAAGAGGAGAGAGAGAGAGAACUCGACGUACGAUAUUAUUAUUAUUCCGUUUGGAUUCUACAAAUCUCUUCUCCAAAGUGGCUAAGAGCGUAAGUCCCCGUCGAGUGCACCAAGAGUGCUCCGGGGUGGAGGCGCAGGUGCAGGUGCAGCAAGAGAGGCGAGCACCGAGGCGCAUGCCUCACCUGGGGCCUGACAUGACAACCCGGCUGUCCGCCAUGUUUUACACGGUCGAGGUCGGGGACACCAAGUUCACCAUUCUCAAGCGAUAUCAAAAUCUCAAACCAAUUGGUUCUGGUGCUCAGGGAAUCGUCUGCGCCGCUUACGACACAGUCACGGCGCAAAAUGUGGCGAUUAAGAAGUUGUCAAGACCUUUUCAAAACGUGACACACGCUAAGAGAGCCUAUAGAGAGUUCAAGCUGAUGAAAUUGGUCAAUCACAAAAAUAUAAUCGGUCUUUUGAACGCAUUUACGCCGCAACGAUCGUUGGACGAGUUUCAAGAUGUGUAUUUGGUGAUGGAGCUUAUGGACGCGAAUCUGUGUCAGGUGAUCCAAAUGGAUCUGGAUCAUGAACGUAUGUCUUAUCUGCUUUACCAAAUGCUCUGUGGUAUCAAGCAUUUGCACUCCGCUGGUAUCAUUCAUAGGGAUCUAAAACCAAGCAAUAUCGUUGUUAAGUCCGAUUGUACGUUAAAAAUUCUUGACUUUGGUCUGGCGAGGACUGCCGGGACAACGUUUAUGAUGACACCAUACGUAGUAACGCGGUAUUACCGAGCGCCAGAAGUGAUAUUAGGUAUGGGCUAUAAGGAGAACGUGGACAUUUGGUCAGUAGGAUGUAUCAUGGGUGAAAUGAUCAGAGGUGGUGUACUUUUUCCUGGUACCGAUCACAUCGAUCAAUGGAAUAAAAUAAUUGAGCAACUGGGGACUCCGGCACAGGAAUUCAUGCAACGGUUGCAACCAACGGUAAGGAAUUACGUGGAGAACAGACCACGAUAUCCUGGAUAUCCGUUCGACAGGCUAUUCCCGGACGUUUUGUUUCCCUCCGACUCAUCGGAGCAUAAUAGAUUAAAGGCGAGCCAGGCUAGGGACCUAUUGUCGCGCAUGCUCGUCAUCGACCCAGAACGACGCAUAUCCGUCGACGACGCGUUGCUUCACAAUUAUAUAAACGUCUGGUACGACGAGGGUGAAGUAAAUGCCCCUGCCCCUGGCCCAUACGAUCACAGCGUGGACGAGAGGGACCACGGUGUUGAUCAAUGGAAGGAGCUGAUCUAUCAAGAGGUCAUGGAAUACGAGACAAGCCAUAAUUCAGCAGCGGUUGCUCAGCCGUCAGAGAGUGCAGGCUCCCGGUAGAUACAGCGAAAGUUGUUGUCCUCGCAGCUUUUCUCCUGUACCAGAGAGAGAGACUUGUAAGAGAGUUAACAAAUGAGAUAGAGGAGGAAAUAAAUAUAAGUAGGCUGCUA